CCGGCCUCGGGCGAGUUCCCCCACCUAGAGCUCCAGGGUCCCGGCGCCGAGGCUGGCCGCCUAUGCGGGGUCCGCCUCGUCACAGGCUUCUCCUCGAGGUCCUCGCCGCCGCCUUCCUGCGCACCGAGCAGCGUCGCCGGCCCCUCGCGGCUCGCCCGCGCUCCUGCUCCCGGGGUCCUCUUAAAUGUUUUCUUGGCACUGUAAAAAUGGAGAUGACAGAAGUAACGAGUGUGUCGCUGAAACGGAGCUCCCUGGCCGUCGAAGAUCAUGACAGCGUGGCCUCAGCCUCGGAGGCAAAAAGGCCGAAGCUUUUAGAUUGCCAUGUGGCUGAAGCCAGUGACGCUGCCCCCCGCGCUGACAGCCUGGGGACAGGUGGAGAUGUGAGGGCCUGUGAGGCUAAGAGGAAUUCUGAGGCACAGCUGGAAGCGGAGGAAGAAGAGGAGGAAGAUGGUCUUUCUGAGGAGGAGGAGGAGGAGGAGGAGGGGGAGAGUUUUGCAGACAUGAUGAAGCAUGGCCUCACUGAACUUGAUGUCGGCAUUACCAAGUUUGUGAGCCCUCACCAGGGGUUCUCGGGCAUCUUGAAAGAAAGGUACUCUGACUUCGUUGUUCAUGAAAUUGGGAAAGAUGGCCAGAUCAGCCACUUGGAUGACUUGUCCGUCCCAGUAGAUGACGAGGACCCCACAGAAGAUGUAUAUACGGUCUUGACAGCUGAAGAAAAGCAGCGUUUAGAAGAGCUCCAGCUUUUUAAAAAUAAGGAAACCAGUGUUGCUAUUGAGGUUGUUGAGGACACCAAGCAGAAAAGAACUGUCAUCCACCAAGCUAUCAAAUCUCUGUUUCCGGGCUUAGAGACAAAAACGGAGGACAGAGAGGGAAAGAAGUACAUCGUGGCCUACCACGCGGCCGGGAAGAAGGCCUUGGCAAAGGUCAGAACUGCAGCAGAUCCAAGAAAACAUUCUUGGCCAAAAUCUAGGGGAAGUUACUGCCACUUCGUACUGUACAAGGAAAACAAAGACACCAUGGAUGCAAUUAAUGUGCUGUCCAAGUACUUAAGAGUCAAACCAAAUAUAUUCUCCUAUAUGGGAACCAAAGAUAAAAGGGCCAUAACUGUUCAAGAGAUUGCUGUUCUCAGAAUAACUGCGCAAAGGCUUGCCCACCUGAACAAGUGCUUGAUGAACUUCAAACUCGGGAAUUUCAGCUAUCAGAAAAACCCUCUCAAGCUGGGAGAGCUCCAAGGGAACCACUUCACUGUUGUUCUCAGAAACAUAACAGGAACUGAUGAGCAAGUACAGCAAGCCAUGAAUUCCCUCAAGGAGAUUGGGUUUAUCAACUACUAUGGAAUGCAAAGAUUCGGAACUACGGCUGUCCCAACAUACGAAGUUGGAAGAGCUAUACUUCAAAACUCCUGGGCCGAAGUCAUGGAUUUAAUAUUGAAACCCCGAUCUGGAGCGGAAAAGGGGUACUUGGUUAAAUGCAGGGAAGAAUGGGCGAAGACCAGAGACCCAGCUGCGGCCCUCAGAAAACUACCUGUCAAAAGGUGUGUGGAAGGGCAGCUGCUUCGAGGACUUUCAAAAUAUGGACUGAAGAAUAUAGUCUCUGCAUUUGGCAUAAUACCCAGAAAUAAUCGCUUGAUGUAUAUUCAUAGCUAUCAAAGCUAUGUCUGGAAUAACAUGGUGAGCAAGAGGAUAGAAGAGUAUGGACUGAAACCUGUCCCAGGGGACCUGGUUCUGAAGGGAGCCACAGCCACCUAUAUCGAGGAAGACGAUAUUAAUAAUUAUUCCAUUCAUGAUGUGGUGAUGCCUUUGCCUGGUUUUGAUAUUAUCUACCCAAAGCAUAAAAUUAGUGAAGCCUACAGGGAAAUGCUCACAGCAGACAACCUGGACAUCGACAACAUGAGACACAAAAUUCGAGAUUAUUCCCUGUCAGGGGCCUACCGAAAGAUCAUUAUUCGUCCUCAGAAUGUGAGCUGGGAAGUUGUUGCCUACGACGAUCCCAAAAUCCCACUCUUCAACACCGAUGUAGACAACUUGGAAGGGAAGCCACCCCCGGUGUUUGCAUCUGAAGGCAAGUACAGAGCUCUGAAGAUGGAUUUCUCUCUGCCCCCCUCAACCUACGCUACCAUGGCCAUCCGAGAGGUGCUGAAAAUGGACACCAGCAUCAAGAACCAGACCCAGCUGAAUACCACAUGGCUGCGCUGACCCCGGGCCCGUGUCCGCCGGCCUCCCGCUCCCUCUCCUCCCCGCACACACCCUCCUGUGGACUUCAGAUCUUUGUAGUAAAAGAUGAUUUGUAUUUUUUCAAGUUUUUAUUAGCUUCAAUAAUUUGCGGUAUUUGUAUGCAUAGACCAAUCUCGAGGCUCCUAAUUUCGGCUCCGAGAGUAUGAAUUGAUCAGAAUGUAUUUCAGGUGCUUAAAUCAUCGUGAAAUGUCAGCUUUGAACUGCCUUUAGCAUAAUAAAGGACUUUUUUUUGUUUGUUUUAUGUAGCAGUUUUAGGUGUUACGCUGUUCUUGAGAAUAAGAAGUGGACAUUUGACCCAUCCAUCGAGUCCACUAAGAGUGAUGGGGAUAGUCGAGAGCAUCCCCCGCCUCUGCAGAUGCAGGGGUCCUGCUCAUUUGAAUGAUGGAAAAGCGCCAACAGGUCUAUAAGCCAGUGAUCGUCGUUGCCAGCUCCUGUACCAGGUUCCUGUGCUUAGAGCUGUUUCGUCGCAAUAACUUUUGCAUUUGUAUGCCCUUUGCCUUGCAGGACCAUAGCAUCUAUAGGGCUUUGAGUUUUUUUUUUUUUUUGGUUCCCUUGAUGUGAAAAUAUGCAGCUAUUUUUACUAGGUAAGGUCUAAUUUUUACUAUCGGUGCCUUUUAUGUUCAGAAAUCUUUUCACUGGAUGGGUGUUUAACCCCCCCAAAAUAGAUAACUGCAGACAAGAAACCUUGCAAGUAUCUCCAAGGGCUCCUGCGACCAGCAGCCGCGUCACCCUUCGGCCUCGGCGGCUGAGGGAGUCUCCGUUUCUGUCCUGGCCUAGAACUUCAAUCCUGGGUAAAAGGGUGAAUAAUGCCUUUCCAUGGCCAUGUGACAUGAUUGUACCAAUUUUAAUUUUCUAUCAUUUCUAGAACCAAAUGUAAUAAAUAUUUUUUAAGA